GGUGGUGUUUCCUGAGCAAAAGCCAAGCUCUGCUGCUCACAGCUCAUCCAGCCACCAUGAAGAUCACGGGAGUGCUGCUUCUGCUCUCUCUGGCCCUUUUCUGCAUCUCAGUUCAAGCUACUGGUGUGCUGCAGGCUGCACCUGUCUACUGCAGGAACCAGAGGACCAUCAGGAACAUGUGCUCCAUGGAGUAUGUCCCCCACUGUGGGUCUGAUGGUGUCACCUACUCCAACAAAUGCAUGUUCUGCAAUGCCUACCUGAGAAGCCGUGGAGUUCUUGCCUUGAGGUCUCUUGAAGCCUGUUAAGUUCUUGACAGGAUUCAGCUGAGAAAGAGCAUCCCUCCCUGACAAUGUUCCCCAUGGCAGAUGACUUCCUAAACCCCCGACCCUUGAAAACCUCUUAUCAACCCUGAAACCUCUGACAAU